CUCCGACAGACAUUUCUCGUUCAACUGUCGACGCGUACGGUAGUUCAUUCUGAUUGCCGAUCAACCGUGUGUUCGCUCCUCCGGCAAAGGUGCAUUGGUGUGUCUGUGUGUGUGUGCGUGUGGAGGACGCUGGAUUGCAUUCGGGGAAAAUACGUCGGAUCCCUCUCGCUCUCUCUCUCACGCUGCGGGCGCCAACAGGCACCGCACAUCAUCACGAACUCUCCUCGUCGCACUCUGGCAGCACCGGAGCGGAGCGUGCAUUCGACGAAAAAAGGCGCAAUUCAGCGAAUUAAUCAACAGAAUUAAAUGAACCAAAUCGUUCCAUUUCGUUCCCGUUAGACAGAGCAGUGCUGGUGUUGCUACUCUCGUUAGGAGACGUAACCCAUGGUCGGCUCCUCAAGUGCUACCCCCAUUGCAUGUUGGAUACUCAUUAAGGCAAACGCGGAACAUCAUCGGACACGCCAAUUCCUGGAAGGAAAUGCUUCAUUGGCCGUGUCGAUAGGUCACUACCAACGUGUAUAUACGCUGUGCACUGUCGUCGGACAUCUUGUCAUUGGCCAGUGUGUUGCUCCAAUAUCGGGUGCUUGUCAUCUACGGGGAAAGCUAACAAACGAGAACUAAAAGCAAUCAGUGUGCAUGGUGGGCUAGAUCCUGUUAGAGCAAUCAGUAGAGCGCGGGGGGUUGAGGAAAGCAAAGUCUGCUGCUUGCACCAGAAUUAUUUUUCCAUUGAAAGUAGAAGUGCAUGUGGUGAGGUGUUGUGUACUCGCUGGCGCGUAGAUUUGUCGCACCAACCUGUCCCGGCAUCGAGUGCCCCUAAGAACGUGGGCGCAAUUUCAAUUAACGGUUAGCAACGUAACUCGCUGUCCUUGGUAACCCUACCAUCGAACUAUACGACAUCUAACGCUUCUCUAGUGCUGCGCAAUAAGCUUUUUAACACCGAGUAAAGCAGAUCAAGCGAUAAUUAGUCCUGGAGCACUGCUACUGAGCACCACUAUUUCCGGGAACGAACUGGGAUCAUUCCGGUGUGCAUUUGUGUGUCUGUGUGAGAGUGUGGGUUAGUGAGGAAUUGAAAACGAAAGGUGGCUUCGUCGCAAAUUGUUAGCAGUUUAGCAAGUGUGUAAGAACACACUGUGUGAGUGUGUGUUAAUUAAAGCACGAGUAUGUUCAACUAGUUGUGCGUGAUGCACUAAAAUCGGUGCACCAACCAGCGAUUGUGUAAACUAAGCGUGCACUUUAAGUGUACACGACGAUAAGUGUGGUGCUAGGGGAGACCGAAACCAAAAAAAAAACACAACCAUCAGCACCGAAACGAUGGCGUCUGUUCGGAAAAGUGCUUGCAGCAGCAGCCGGCUAAUACCGCUGUUGCUGAUGUGUCUAACCGUCGCCGUCAUCAUCGCGCCCGCCUGGGCGGAAAAUCACUGCAGCGAACAUCGGUACGAGCAUUCGCUCAACACCCAUCAUCUGCAGUUCACGAAGGAAAUCCCCGACCGGGAGUACGGUGUGCUGAAGCAGUUCAAAAGCUUGCACUGCUGUGGCAAAGGGUACCGGAGCAUUGAAUGGUUCAAAAACAACAAACCCCACCCAUGGAGCAAGGACGUGUCGUCCUUCAUCGUGUACCCGGAGGCGGCCAACCAAACCAUCUACAGUCCCCGGCUGGAGGAGAACGACAUCGGCAACUACAGCUGCAUCCUGCGCAACGAAACGCAUGCAAUUAAGCACGAAAUCGAACUCCGGUUACAGGAUAAGCUGGACAACCCGAUGCCGACGUUCCGGCCGAAGGAUCUGAUGGUGAGCGUUGGCGAAAGUGCCCGCUUCUACUGUGAAGCGUUCGUCGGCAACCUCUACCUGCCGGACGCGACCAACGAGAUCGUGUGGAGCCAAAUGUUCGACGACCAUCCGCACAACGUUAGCGACAGCAUGCAGGUGAACGUGACCCGGGAGGAAGGACAAAUCAUCGGCUCGUACCUGUCGAUACCGAACAUCCAGGCGCAUCACUAUGGCCGCUACCGGUGCCAGAUUGUGUCGGGCAAUUCGGCCCAAAAGCUCAACCUCAGCGUGCUGCUCUCGCCGGUGCAAGUGACGGCUAUCACCGACACGCAGCUAUCCGUGCUGGUGUACGUCAUGGCCACGUUGCUGCUCGUGCUGGUCGUCCUGUUUGCCUGGAUCUGCCGGACCGUGCAGCAGCGCACCAGCAGCAAGAAGGAUAACCGCUGUUCGGCGCAGUUCAUUGCGAAUAAUGAGCACGAGAAUGUAUAAAUGGAGCUCACGAGAACGUGGCUGAGAACGACGAACGAACGAUGCCAACGGGCAUGGAGUAGAGCGGCGAAUUGAUCUGUUGUGUACGUGUACGUGGUUUUUUGUUUUGCGCCAGGCGUGACACUGAACCAUCGAUUGCUUCGAAGAGACUGAAUUUCAUGUUUUGCUGUGUGUGCUUCAAACAGACCGCGACCCGAGCGCGGUCGAUCAGGUCAGUCCGACGGUGUGGCAUUUUCCUGUGACAACAUUGAAGUUACGCGCCACAACUCCCAGAAUGCAUCAAGUUUGACGACACACCUUUCAAAAAGGCGUUUUCUCAUGUUUCGUGCUUUUGCGCCCCAGCAAUUGGAAAUUAUGAGAUUCGAGACUAACCCAAUAUUCGUACACACAGCAUACAAAGCAAACCCCGUAGUCCGUCGUUUGCAAAACAAAGCCAAGCAAAAAAGCCGUUGCACUGUUUGUAUAGUUAGUGUUAAUGCCAACAGCUGUGUGUACGAGACAGGAGGGGAGGUCACAACACACAUUCCACACAUUUCUGGCGCUCUGUUGUUUUCCUCGGCUACGCAACACUAAAACACUUUCUGUGCACUUUGCCCUUUCUCUUACUGCAUAAACGGUAACGGAUACAGUGAGUUUGACAAAGGAAGGAGAGAGAGAACGAGCGAACAAAAAGGAUAUAUUGUAUCGUGACGGGUUUACGGACGGAGCCUGUUUCGGAAGCUAGCAAACACAACUAUACCCACAAAACUGCAUUUAGAAAGUAUUACGAAUGAGUUUUGCUAAAAGCAAUCAUUAGAUUUAAUGGAGGGAUUUAAGGGGGAAGGAUGUUGACCAUAAACUCAAACCUAUUCACAAACAAAAGUACACGCGAAGUGUGCUCUCUCUAUUUAGAACAGCAAGUUUAGGUGAAGAUAAUGGUAAUUAAAGAAAAGAAGUAGAACAUAUAGCUAAAACUAAAGUCUAUCGAGCGAGAAACAAAUGCAAAACACAGUGGUACAAUAUUGUUCUAUAUAAGAAACAGAACUUAAAUUUACACACAGUAAAACAAACUAUUGUAUACGAAGCUAUAACAACACGAACGUAACAUAAAAACACACACCCAUACACAUGAGCACAGUCCAAAGGAACCACACCACACAAAGGAAGAAAAGAUAGGAAUGAUGAGCACUAAUAGACUUACGAAUGUAGCAAUAAUCAAAAUUAUGUACCACCAUAUUAACUCACACACUUUUUCGUUAUGUGCUACUGCUGCUUCUGGUGUAAAAGAUGAAGAAAACUCUCCAAACAAGUAAGCGAUUUGCAACAAACACAGAACAAAGCGACAGAAUACUCGCAAAAUUGCAGCUCACAAGAGCAGCUGUUGUAGGCACUGCAGUUUCGGAGUACGCGUAGUGCGUGUUGUGUAUUAUGAACGUGUUGUGUAACUAGGUGUUGUGUAUGUUAUGUAUAUGUGUGUUGUGUACAUAUAUAUACUACAGGGUUUCCCACGAUUUAUUGGUUGGUUCCCACGAUUUAUUGGUGCGUUCCCACGAUUUUUUGGUCAUUUCCCAUA